AUGAGGUUACGCCGCGGGCUGCCGGCCCUGCUGGCCUUUGCAUUCAUCACCGGGGCCUUCCUCGGAGCAGUGGUCAUCGGAUCGCUGUAUGCCGAUCGCGAGCGCGACCAAAUCAUCAUCACGCGAGCCGACACGCCAAUGGAGGCGGCCGCACGGGUAGCCGGCUGCCUUGGCCGGGCCCCCGGUGCUGGCGGCGAGCUGGAUGAGAUGCCCCUCGGCCCGGCCAAGCUCCUGCGCAUGGUCCGGCCGGCAUUGUCGCUGGGCGUGUGCGAGGUGUCCCCCUCGACCUUGCGCCAUCGCAUCCUCAACCACGCGGUGCAGGGGUCGGCCGCGUGCAGACCGAGCAUUCGGCUGGCCACCAUCCCCGUCGAGUGCCCUUUCCCGGGCGAUCUGCUGAUGGGCUCCGAGGAAAACCGCCAGGCCCUACUGGCCAAGGGCCGGUCGGAGGCGGACCUCAUGCUGGUCGCGUCCGAGGCCGAUCGCGAGGUCCGCCUGAAUGGCCAAACGCUGUUGGGGCUGACCACACCGGGCACCAUUGCGAUGUGCGGAAACACCUUCCAGGCUGCCAGGUGUGCGGGAUAA